AUGGCCUCUAUUCGCGUUCUUUCCUUCGAUGCUGAGGGCCGUCCCGUGCAGUUCACUUCCUGGCUCGACGACCUGCAGUUGUAUCUUAUGAGCAAUAGCACGGACCACAUCUCCCUCUAUGACUACGCGUCUGGUGCUGCCGCUGCUCCUGCUGCCACAGCCGAGCUUAGUGUACGUUCACAGUGGCAGACUCGUGACGCUGCAGCUCGCCUGGCUAUUCGCAGUCACCUGCCGUUAGCUGAGCUAGAGCACUUUGGCGACUGCAAAACCGCUAAGGCCCUAUACGACGCUGUCGUUGCUCGCUACUCCUCACCUGCCACAGCCGAGCUUAGCCGUCUCAUGCUGCCUUACCUGUUCCCUGACCUGUCCACCUUUGCUACAGUCGCCGAUCUUAUCACCCACCUUCGCACUAGUGAUGCUCGCCUGCGUGCCGCCCUUCCCACCGAGUUCUGCGCUAAGAACCCCCCUCCCCUGUACUGGGCACUCCACUUCAUAGUCACCCGUCUCCCUGACACCCUCAGCUCAGUGCGCGACUAUUUCCUUGCUCGCUGUCCCACUGAGCUCACUGUCGCCCUCCUAGAGGAGAAGCUGCUAGCAGCCGAGAAGUGCCUUGUAGCUGUUGGUGCUGCUCGCGGCGCUCCUCGCACCCCCAUCUUUGAGGGGUGCUCUCCCUCUCCCCUCGCUCCCUCCUAUGCUACUGCUGCUGCUGUUGACUUCCUUGGUGCUGAGUCUGCUGGCGCUGCUUCUGCUCCUGGUGGGAGGCGCCGCACCGGCAAGGGCAAGGGGGGCAAGGGUGGCGGGGGUGGCGCUGGGGGGGGAGGGGGUGGGGGAGGUGGGGGGGGAGGCGGUGCUGGAGGGAGCGGUGGCGGGAGUGCCGGUGGGAGUGGGGCCGGCGGCGGAGGCGGGGGCGGCGGCGGGAGCAGUGGCGGUGGUGGCAGCGGCGGCAGUGGCGGCGGUGGCGGCAGUGGCGGUGGCGGUGGCGGUGGUGGCGGUCGGAGCGGAGGUAGUGGCGGCGGUGGAGGUCGGAGUGGAGGCACCGGCUCGGGCCAGAGCUCCCAGCAGCAGCAGCGUCCCCAGUCGACCCAGCAGCUUCGUGAGUGGCUUGCUCAGCGUGGGACGUCGGGGGGCAGUGGCCGCUGUUCCUAUGUCAUUCGCACAGGUGAUCGCAAGGGGCAGACGUGUGGAAAGUUCCACACUCAGUACCGCUGCUUCUUCCGCCUUGACGACGCUUGGCGUGAGGAGAUGGGCGAGGAUGUUGAGCGCCCUCGCUGGGCUGAUCUGAUGAGGGCUGGUGUUGAUAUCUUUGCUCUUGACUAUGAUGCUAUUAUUGCUGCCAUGUAUGCAUUGACUGUUAGUGCCGAGGGAGACUGUUACUUGUGUGUGCCGCCUGACCCAGGUAUAGGGCCCGCUGCCCUAGUCCUUGCCCAGUCCACCACUGUGCUCCCUUGUCCGGCGGUUCCGUCUGGCUCGUUGACGGGUUUCCACCUCCCCUCGUUCUCGACGAACCUGGUGAGCAACGCUGUCAUCCAGGAUCAGUGGGUUGACACCUUUACCCCUGGAGGACAGCGUGUGGCGAUCUGCACGUGCUCCAGGACCGGCCGUCACCUGGCUACGUUUACUCGUCGGCCGGGGUCGAGUCUCUACACACUGACCACUGCGUCUCCUCAGGUCGCUGCUGUCGGUCAGGUGUCCGCGUCAGGUCUGGUGGCCCACGCCUGUGAGUGUCGUUCCCUGUCGCACCAGACUCUUCUCUGGCACCACCGCCUGGGUCACCCCUCCUUGCCACGCCUCCGUGGCAUGCACCGUCGCCACCUUGUGUCUGGUCUUCCCAGGUCCCUCCCUCCCCUCCCUGCCUCGCCUGCGCCGCCUUGCCUUCCUUGCGUCGAGGGGCGGCAGCGCGCCGCUCCUCACUCCUCCUCGUUCCCCCCGACAGAGGCUCCUCUGCAGACCCUCCACCUGGACGUGUGGGGCCCAGCCCGCGUUCGUGGCCAGGGCGGUGAGCGGUACUUUUUGCUGGUUGUCGACGACUACUCGCGUUACACCACGGUCUUCCCCUUGCGCACCAAGGGUGAGGUCCCUGCUGUUCUGAUCCCUUGGAUCCGCACAGUUCGUCUCCAGCUCCGCCGCCGUUUCCGGACGGAUCUUCCUGUCCUGCGUCUGCACUCUGACAGAGGUGGUGAGUUUUCCUCCGACCUCUUGAGGACCUUCUGUCAGGCGGAGGGCAUCGAGCAGACCUUCACGCUUCCGGACUCCCCACAGCAGAAUGGGGUUGCUGAGCGCCGCAUUGGCCUGGUCAUGGAGGUCGCUCGUACCUCCUUGGUCCACGCGGCGGCUCCCCAUUUUCUGUGGCCGUUUGCUGUCCGAUACGCCGCGCAUCAGCUCAACCUCUGGCCCCGUGUCUCCUUGCCGGAGACCUCGCCCACACUGCGUUGGACGGGGGAGGUUGGCGAUGCGUCGCGCUUCCGGGUGUGGGGUGCUCGUGCCCUUGUCCGCGAUACGUCCGCGGACAAGCUCUCCUCCCGCACGCUUCCCUGUGUCUUCCUUGGCUUUGUCCCUGACGCGCCGGGCUGGCAGUUUUACCACCCCACCUCGCGCCGGGUCUUCGCCUCUCAGGACGUCACCUUUGACGAGUCGGUCCCUUUUUACCGUCUCUUCCCCUACCGUACUGCCCCCCUCCCUCCCCCGCCGCUUUUCCUUGCUCCUGGUCCCCCUCCGGUAGACCCCCUUCCCCCUCAGGGUCCUGCUCCUUCAGGUGUCUCUCAGGUCGACCCUCCUCCCGUCGCUGAGCCUGUCGAGGUCACAGGUGACUCAGGUGCUGCUGCAGGUGGUGCUGCUGGGAGUGCUGAGCCUGCGGGUGCUGGGCCUGGGGGUGCUGGGACUACGGGUGCUGGAGCUGAGGGUACUGUGCCUGAGAGUUCGGCGCCUGGGGGUACUGAGCCUGGGGGUGCUGCGACUGGGGGUGCUGAGCCGGCGUGUGCGGAGUCUGGGGGUGCUGAGUCUGGGGGUGCUGCGCCUGCGGGUACUGAGCCUGGGGGUGCUGCUACUGAGCCUACGGAGCCUCGGGUUGCUGCGUCUGGGGGUGCUCCGGUUCGGGGUGCUGAGCAGUCUCUCACACCACAGCAGCUUCGUGACUGGUACGUCCGGCGCUUUCGCCGUCCUAGUGGCUCGGCUGGAGCUGGGGGUACUGGAGCUGCCGGGACUGGUUGUUCUGGGAGCACUACGACUGGAGCUGCUGGAGCUGGGGACUCUGGAGCUGGCGGCGCUAGCGGAGUUGUAGCUGCCGACUCUGGGGGUGCUCUUCCUUGCGGUGCUGCGGACCCUGGGGGUGGUGCUGCUGCUGGUGCUGCGGACCCACCUGGUGGAGCUGCUGCUGGAGCUGAGGACCCGAGCGGUGGCGCUGCUGCUGGUGCUGGGGACCCGGACGCUGGAGUCUCUUCUGCUUCUGGAGACGCUGCGCGGCCGCGGCCGUACUUCGUACCGCUCCUUCAGCAGGUUCUUGGGCAGGCUCCUCCUCCUUGUCCUCCUCCCUCCGUAGAGUGUCCUCCGACUGUCCAGCCGCAGUCACAGUUACCGCCUGCCUCGCCUCUCCCUGCUCCCUCUCCUUACACUGGUCCCACAGGAGGUCUUAUAGAGCGUCGUGAGCCUGAGUCUCGUCCUGCGUCGCCUGUCCGUACUGCUCGCACUGGUCGUCGUGUCCGUCGUGAGCGUCCUCCUCCUGUCCCAGGCACUCACUACAUGACUCUGCGUCCCUCUACUGCUCCUCAGCGUGUCCCUCUGCCGUCUCCUCCUGCGUCCUCUUUGCCUGCUGUUCCGGACCCUGAGUCUGACCGGUAUCGUGCUGAGCACCCUACUGUCACGCGUCUCCUAGCUACUAUUGUCACUGACCCUACCUUUGAGUCCUCGGCUGCGUCUGCUCUGGUCGCUGAGUUGGUUGACUUUGCUGCUGCCUGUCGUCUAGACUACGCUGCUCGCCUUGUUGCUGGGUCUGAGUCUGCGUCUGUCUGUCCUCCGUCCGUCGGGGGUGAGUGUGCUCUUGGCACGGACGUCCUUGAGGACAGGCAGGAGGACUUUGACUCUCUCGCGGCUGCUGUACCUCAUCUCGUGGCCUGGUUGCUUGCCCCUGAGGGAGACCCGGAUGCACUAGACAUCCCCACUCCGCGCACUUACGCAGAGGCGAUCUCGGGUCCCUACUCCUCUCAGUGGCAGACAGCCAUGGACGCAGAGAUGGCAUCCUGGAAGUCCACAGGCACCUACGUCGACGAGGUUCCCCCUCCUGGGGCGAACAUCGUCGAUGGCAUGUGGAUUUUCAGGGUGAAGCGGCCGCCAGGUUCUCCGCCUGUCUUCAAGGCUCGUUACGUUGCUAGAGGCUUCAGUCAGCGUCAGGGGGUCGACUUCUUCCAGACCUUCUCCUCCACCCCGAAGAUGACCACUCUUCGGGUUCUGCUGCACGUUGCUGCUCAGCGUGACUACGAGCUUCACUCUCUUGACUUCAGCACAGCGUUCCUGCAGGGCAGCCUGCACGAGGAGAUCUGGCUGCGCCGCCCACCUGGCUUUACUGGGUCGUUUCCUCCUGGUACCCAGUGGAGCCUCCGCCGGCCAGUCUACGGUCUCCGCCAGGCGCCACGCGAGUGGCACGACACACUGAGGACUACACUUGCGGCUCUUGGGUUCGCGCCGUCUACUGCUGACCCGUCGCUGUUUCUGCGCACAGACACGUCGCUGCCGCCGUUCUACAUUCUCGUGUACGUCGACGACUUGGUCUUUGCUACUGCUGACACUGAGGCACUCGCUCGUGUGAAGUCGGAGCUGCAGAAGAGACACACCUGCACUGACCUGGGUGAGCUGCGUAGCUACCUUGGCUUGCAGAUCACCCGGGACAGAGCUCGCCGCACCAUCACCCUGACUCAGUCACACAUGGUGCAGCAGGUCCUUCAGCGCUUCGGCUUCCAGUUCUCCUCACCACAGGCCACACCUCUGGCUACCAGCCACUCGCUCUCAGCUCCACCUCCGGACGAGUCCGUAGAGCCGAGUGGCCCGUACCCAGAGCUUGUGGGCUGCCUCAUGUACCUGAUGACUUGCACGCGACCUGACCUCGCGUACCCUCUUAGCAUCCUUGCUCGUUACGUUGCGCCUGGGAGACACAGGCGAGAGCACUGGGAGGCUGCUAAGAGGGUACUGCGCUACCUGUGCAGUACAUCAGGCAUGGGGCUGGUGCUUGGAGGACGCGACAGAGUUGUCCUCACUGGCCACUCGGACGCUUCUUGGGUGGACGACCUGGCUACGCAGCGGUCGUCACAGGGUUACACCUUCAGCCUUGGCUCUGGUUCUGUCUCGUGGCGGUCCACCCGCUCUUCCUCUGUUCUCGGCUCUAGUUGUGAGGCUGAGAUCUACGCCACAGCCAUGGCUGCACAGGAGUUACGCUGGCUCACCUACCUGCUGACUGACUUGGGAGAGCGGCCUAGUUCUCCUCCAGUUCUGUACGGUGACAACAAGGCGGCUCUUGCCUUGUGUCAAGAGCACAGACUGGAGCACAGGACGAAGCACAUUGCUCUUCGCUACUUUCUUGCUCGAGAGCUUCAGCAGCGCGGUCAGCUUCGGCUUGUGUACGUGGACUCGAAGGCCAACACUGCUGAUAUCUUCACCAAGGCGCUCCCGCCUAGUGAUCAUCAGCGGCACUGUACUUCUUUAGGCCUUGUGUCCACGUUUCCUCACUUACUCACUGCUUGA